AUGCAGUAUCCACAGAGAAGGAUUUCCAGCGCAUGGAAUCUGGUAGACUCGAAGUAUGCAAUUGGCUUUUCUGGAACAGACGACAACCGAUUCCUUCUGCCUUAUCAAGUAAACCAAAUUCAGCACGCUGACGAGGAACUUCGUGCUACGAAUGGAAGAAUGAUCGACCUAGUACUUUCGUGCACCAAAGGGAUUAUCCAAAUACAGACAAAUCAGUCAGCAACCUGGAAAACCAUUUUGGACGAAUGCUUUCAAUUGAAGGUACAAGCGUUGAUAGAUACUGGAGGAUUGAUGGCGGGUUCCGAGAUUAAUUCCGUAGUUAGCUACGUGUCAACGAAGUUGCAACAUGGUCACUCUGUCUUCCGAGGCUUCGUUUACUACUCGGCGGCAAACAAAGGAUGGGAGGUCUUCGAAGCUGCAGCUGGACUAGUGAAACCUGUCGUUCGGGCGUCCCUUUCUGCAAUCGAAUGUUUGGAAAGCGAAGUUCUAGCGCAAGCGACGACUCAUGCAAGAUCAAUCGGAGACGGUGUUGUCGUUGCUGGCGGAAUAGGAGUUGAAGAAUGCGAGAAAGAGGUAUUCGCAGAAUUCGAGCAGGAUGAAGAAAGAGAAGAAGCAGCGACUUCGCAAGAACCACGUUCCCAAACAGACUGGGACUACCAGCUCGUGUUCGACAACCCGAGUUGCCUCUUUGGGUCUGUAUUCCAUCAACUAUCGGACUUGAUCGAAGAGUGUGGAGUAACAGAAAUGACGGCAAUUCCAUGGUGGAACGGUGUUUUCUGUACACUAAACGUUUGGGAGACUAUUGAAAAAGCAAAGGAGUGCGGCUCUCUGUCUCAAUAUUUACGCCUCGUUGAUCCACUACUCGUGUUUCCAGACAGAAGAGUGGUGCUCAUAUCACUUUACGAGCUUGACAAUCUAUUACCGCUCUGGUGGGGACAGUCAUGUCGACCGCGAGUAUCUAUCGACCAUGUAUUUCGACUGGUUUCCAACUGCCCACAGCUGGGAUACUGGUCGCUUCCCGUAUCAACUAAAGCGUUGGUAUCUCUCAAGUUGUUUCGUGGCGAUGUGAAGUACAACUCGGAUGGGGAAAAACGUAUCCUCCGCCAAAUGCUAGAGGACUUGGAUAGCCCCAUUGACACUUUGAAGCAGCUUUUAUCAACACGUUCUCGCCUGAGCCAUUACGAGCAAAGUGACUUGGCAAAGGUGGCCUUCUUGUCAUCGCUACCCAGACCCAGCCCUGGUGUCAAGAAAAGGCCAUUCGAAAACCGCGAAGUCAAUACUGCCAAUAAGAAGCAACGGUCUCCUUUUGUUUUGAAAGGAGAAGGUGCUCGGUCGGCUCAAAGUGCUAUUAGGAAACAGUCGCACUCAUCAUUGUUGAAAAAAAUCUCGAACAUUUUGAAAAAGCAUCGUUUCAUUGACGAUGAUGCGAAAACACAGGCAAAGUAA